AAAAGAAAAAACAAAAAAAACAAACAAAACAAAUAGAACAAAAUAAAGAAAAAAUACAACAACAACAGCAAACAAGUGAAGAAACGAACAAUGAAAUUAUGGCACCAUUACCCAGCCCAGUGACAGAUGUAAGUACAACACAAGAACAUAAAACAGAAGAAAAGAAAGAGGAAGGAAAACAUAAAAUAGAUACAAAAGAAAAAGAAAAAGAAGAAACACACAUACUUAAAAACUUUAUAGGAACUGAACAUGAAGAUAAUAUACAAAUAAUAACCUUAGAAGAUAAAAAAACAUGUGAACAACAACACAUAACAGUAAAAAAUAAACCAUUAUAUCAAUCACAACAAAAAAUUAUACAACCUAAACCAGCAGAUGAAGCACAACACAAACCAGCAGAUGAAGCACAACACAAACCAACAGAUGUAGCACUACAUAAACCAACAGAUGUAGCACUACAUAAACCAACAGAUGCAGCACAACAAUUAACCUUAACAGAUAAAACAGAUGUUAAAGAAAAACACUUAUCUAUACAAGAACAAUUAAUAGGUAACAUAGGAAAGGUAAAUGUAGGACCGAAAAAGGAUGAUAAGAUUAAAAAUAUUACUAAGAAACAUGAAAAGAAAGUUCAAAAACACACACAUGUUGAUAAGAAAAAAGAACAAACAGAAGAACACAAACAUGAUGAUCAGAAAAAAGAACAAACAGAAGAACACAAACAUGAUGAUAAGAAAAAAGAACAAACAGAAGAACACAAACAUGAUGAUAAGAAAAAAGAACAAACAGAAGAACACAAACAUGAUGAUAAGAAAAAAGAACAAACAGAAGAACACAAACAUGAUGAUAAGAAAGAGGACAAAAAAGAAGAAUCUGAAGAAGAUUCAGAUGAAGAAUCAGAGGAAGAAUCAGAGGAAGGAUCAGAUGAAGAAUCAGAGGAAGAAUCAGAAGAAGGAUCAGAAGAGGAAUCAGAAGAAGAAUCAGAGGAAGGAUCAGAAGAGGAAUCAGAAGGUGAAGACGAUGAUGAAGAUGAAGAAGAUGAAGAAGAUGACGAUGAAGAUGAAGAAGAUGACGAUGAAGAUGAAGAAGAUGAUGAAGAUGAAGACGAUGAAGAAGACGAUGAUGAUGAAAACGAUGAUGAUGAAAACGAUGAUGAUGAAGACGAUGAUGAAGAAGACGAUGAAGAUGAAGAAGAUGAAGACGAUGAUGAAGAAGAAGAAGAUGAAGACAAUGAAGAAUCAGAAAAAAAUAAAAAAACAAAUUUGAGAAAAAAUGCCUAA